AUGAACUUAUCUUUGCUGAAAAUAUCCAAAGCAUAUCAACUUUUCACUGCGCAUCCAACGAAACGAAAUCUGCCAAAAUAUCUUCGUGGAACGCAAAUUCUAUCGCAACAAAAACAAGUCAAAUUUAUAAAACCUCCGUCUUGCAGCGGAGAUGGUUUCGUGAAAGAAAAAUAUGCGAUCUUCCACGACGACGAUAUUUUCAUAAAGCUCGACGAGCUGAAGGGUCAAUUAGAAAAGUUGGAUCCGUCCGUGCCCGAAAUAAAGUGUUUAAAAGGAGAAUGCAUCCCUGAAGCGCCAGCAAUGUACUUCGGAAAGUACUAUACCUGGAUUGACCUCUAUCCUCCAAAGUACUUUAUUCCCACCUAUAGUAACGGGCAAGCCACCGCUCUCACAGCAUCAGCAGCAAGAAAAAUAUACGAAGCGGCAAAGGAAACGGAUUACAGAGAGUUCCGCAUCGAGGAUAUGCUCUACACGGGCAUCCUACGUGUUAAAGCAGGCAUCUCUAAGAUCUCUGGGAUGGUGCUUCCAGAUGGCGGAUCGGUGAGUUUGCACAAGCAAGGAAUGCCUGAUGAAAGCCUUUUCUUCCAAGAGCUAACCCUGCUUUACAAGAAUAACGAGCUUUCGCUUAGAGCAAUGACAUGA